AUGGUCAAAGCAUUAUCAUUCAAAGGCGAUAAGAAGCCUCCGAAAAAGAGAAAGCGGACCCAAGAGGAGAACAACGAUGAAGAUGCAUCGGCAUCGAAACAGUUCAAAACAGCCGACACCGCACCCGAGGAUGACGAGAACUGGGUAUCAGCAGAUACCGUAGACGACAUUGCAGGACCAGUCGUCUUGGUCCUGGCAUCUGAUCCCCCAUCAUGUGCUGCAGUAGAUCAAUUGGGUAAAGUCUUCACCAGCAAGAUUGAGAAUAUGGUGGAAAAUGAGCCCUCUUCGGCAGAGCCGCAUGAUGUGCGACAGGUAUGGAUCUCGCAGAGGAUCGUGGGUACGGAGAAUAGUUUCACGUUCAAGGGACAUCAUGGAAGAUACCUAGGAUGCGACCAGUACGGCUACCUCUCAUCAACACGUGAAGCCGUCUCGCCCGAGGAGACAUUCAAAUGUUCCCCAUCGGAAGCCAGACCAGGACAGUUUGACAUUCAAACCAUGCGCUCGAAGUACCUGGCCGUAGAUGAUGACAAAAGCCCGGCGGAACUUCGUGGAGAUGCAGAGGAACCUGGCGAUACGACGGCGAUGAGAAUACGAAUGCAGGCACGCUUCAAACCGAAGCAUAAAGUGGAUAAAGCGGAGAAAGUACGCGCCAAGAUCAGCAGGAAAGAGUUGGAAGAUGAAGUUGGGAGAAGGCUGGAAGACGAUGAGGUCAAGAAAUUGAAAAAGGCGCGGAGAGAAGGAAAUUACCACGAGGCGAUGCUGGAUGUAAAAGUCAAGGGCAAACACGAUAAGUUCGCAUGA